UUGAGCUCAUACUACGUCGACGUUGCGUGCAUAGUCCUCAUACUUUACGAUCAUCUCUUGACCUUUGAGGCCGAACAACGAGUUAUAUGGGGACGGAAGCUCAGCAUUCCCACCCUCCUCUUCCUCCUGUCCUUUUUCGCUCUAUCCUUAGUCUUGGGGAACCUCAAUGGAUGGGACUCGGACCAGCUAUGUCGCUUCUCCGGCGUCUUGAAUCUCGUGGUCAUAAUCGCGAUGCAACUCGUCGACGGAUUGUUCCUAACUUUGAGGAUACACUUCGUCAACGGCCAUAGAUGGUUCUGGACUGUCCUAUUAUUCUUUCUGUCCUGCGCUGCCGUGCCAGAUAACAUCGUGCGAUCAUUCUUCAAGUACUCGGAGGCCUCGGUAGUGCGAUCGUGCUCUGUAUCACUUGGUAUCGGACCAUAGAGAUUGUGCGGGCUGCACGGAAGGCGAGGACGAAGAUGUCAUUGGCAUCUUACAUGCUGCGUGACGGAACUCUGUUCUUCCUGACGAAUCUGAUCUUCAACGUAGCCCAGAUAUACCUGUUCACAACUCCUUUUCCAUCGCGACGAUCUCGGUCACAGUGGGAUCAGUUCUCACGUCACGCUUCAUUCUGAUUCUGCGCUUAGUGGGUCACGACAAUCCACUCGUCUGGUCUUUCCACAGUUUCUGCCAAUGAUCUUGGGAGCGAAGCGCGCGUCACGACAUUGGCUUUCGCUAACAUUGACGCUACUGUUAAAUUUAACGGCGAUACUGAAUACGAUAUGGGCGAGAUUGAAGACGGACAGACGAAUCUGUCGGAGAAUACUUCUCUCUAGCAAUCGGAUGGCUACCCCGAAACCUCGAGUCAAGGACAUAACAGAGGAACCCGUCAGGAGCCCCCAUUUAGAUGGCAAGCGAGCGACCGUUGGUCGACUUCAAGGCCUCUGCUUGUCCUAAUGCAACGUGAUCGUUGCUCUCCCCCACUGUCUUGCUUCGGACAGACGGCGGUCACUUCAUCUGCCUACGGACUACGGCUCAUUCCUUUCAUGCAUAGCUAACAUUCCGCCGAUGGCCCUCUAAUUCGCCACUUCCGAUACCCACUGUAUGAUACCAAGGUCACCGACCCAUCUGAGACUGGAGACCUGCUGGCGACAGUAGCG